AUGAGGCACACUGGCCUUUGGAAACUGUGGACUUGUGUGGCAAUGUUCUUGCUUCCUGCUUCCGUUUGUGUGACAGUCAGGGAAAAGCCAGAAACAACCUGCCCUAUACUGAGGAUGGAGGGACAUCAAGACGACAGAAACAAACUUCAAGUUUCAGGCUUUGAUCUGGCAGAGAGCUUUGCUCUGAGGCCUGCAUUUUGCGAAGGUGAUAAACCCUGUUUCAAAUUGGGAAGUGCACUUCUUCUCAGAGACACUAGUAAGAUAUUUCCCAAAGGCCUUCUUGAGGAGUACUCUGUAACGGUCAUAUUUCGAGUACGAAGAAGCACCAAGAAGGAGCGGUGGUUUUUAUGGCAGAUUUUAAACCAGCAGAAUAUGCCACAGAUUUCUAUAGUGAUUGAUGGCACAAAGAAGGUGGUAGAAUUUAUGUUCCGAGGUGCUGAGGGAGAUUUGUUGAACUACGUUUUUAAGAAUCGAGAACUCCGUCCUCUUUUUGAUCGUCAGUGGCAUAAACUUGGCAUUGGUGUGCAAUCCCGAGUCCUUUCUCUCUAUAUGGAUUGUAAUUUAAUUGCAAGUCGGCACACAGAAGAAAAGGCCUCUGUGGAUUUUCAUGGAAAGACAGUGAUUGCUGGGCGAGCUUUAGAUGGCAAACCUGUGGAUAUUGAACUUCACCAACUCAUAAUCUCUUGCAAUGCCAACUUUUUAGCCGAAGAAUCAUGCUGUGACAUAGCAACUACUAAGUGUUCUGAACAAAGCAACUUUGGAAGUACCACUCCAUCAUGGGUGACCUCUCACACUGGUGAAAUAUCUUCAUAUCUGCUGGGACACCAGGAACUUAAGGACCCAUGCCAGUGCAUUCCAAACAAGGAGGAAGCAGGAUCACUAAGAACUGGUUACAAUGGACAUAAAGGGGACAAAGGAGAACCGGGUGAAAAUGGCUUACAUGGUAUUCCAGGCUUACUUGGUCAAAAGGGAGAACAGGGACUUGAAGGCAUCAAAGGGGAAACUGGUGAAAAGGGACAAGCAGAAGAACCUGGGGCCAAAGGUGACAUUGGUCUGGCUAGCCUUAAUGCACAAGACGGUUUGAAAGGUGACUUGGGUCCUCAAGGUCCACCUGGCCCAAAAGGAGAAAAGGGUGAUACGGGGCCUCCAGGGCCACCAGCCUCAACUGGUUCCAUAGGGAUACAAGGCCCCCAAGGUCCACCCGGAAAAGAAGGUCAAAGGGGAAGACGAGGGAAAACAGGACCCCCAGGUAACCCAGGACCUCCAGGACCACCGGGACCUCCUGGGCUACAAGGAUUACAGACUUUUGGUGGAUAUUUCAAUAAGGGAACUGGUGAGCACGGAGCAAGUGGCCCUAAAGGAGAAAAGGGUGACUCUGGGCUGCCAGGAUUUCCAGGAUCUGUUGGCCCUAAAGGACAGAAAGGAGAACCCGGGGAACCUUUCACAAAAGGUGAAAAGGGAGAUAGAGGAGAACCCGGCCUAUUAGGACCACAGGGAACAAAGGGAGAACCUGGAGAUGUUGGUCCCCCUGGUUUAACAGGAAGCCCAGGAUUAAAGGGUCAGCAAGGACCUGCAGGUGCCAUGGGACCCAGAGGACCACCAGGAGAUGUCGGAUUGCCAGGAGAACAUGGUAUCCCAGGGAAGCAAGGCAUUAAAGGAGAGAAGGGAGAUCCUGGCGGAAGGCUAGGCCCUCCUGGACUUCCAGGUCCAAAGGGUGAUGCUGGGCCUCCAGGGAAAAACCUGACAGGAAAACCAGGAUUAGAUGGAAACCCUGGAGCACCUGGUCCACGUGGACCAAAGGGUGAAAGAGGACUGCCAGGGAUCCAUGGCUCCCCGGGGGACACAGGCCCACCAGGGGUAGGAAUUCCUGGCAGGACAGGCUCCCAAGGACCAGCUGGAGAGCCAGGUAUUCAGGGUCCUCGAGGUCUGCCCGGAUUGCCAGGAACUCCAGGGACCCCAGGGAAUGAUGGAGCUCCAGGGAGAGAUGGAAAGCCAGGCCUUCCAGGGCCCCCAGGUGACCCGAUUGCACUGCCUCUCUUGGGAGACAUUGGCGCCUUGCUGAAGAACUUCUGUGACAAUUGUCAAGCCCAUGUCCCUGGGCUGAAAAGCAACAAGGGGGAUGAAGGAGGUGCUGGGGAACCUGGAAAAUACGAUUCUGCAGCCAGGAAGGGGGACAUAGGGCCACGGGGUCCUCCAGGAGUCCCAGGCAGAGAGGGGCCAAAGGGAAGCAAAGGAGAGCGGGGCUACCCUGGAGUACAUGGGGAGAAAGGUGACGAGGGUCUUCAAGGAAUUCCUGGCCUCUCGGGAGCUCCUGGCCCAGCUGGACCCCCUGGCUUAACGGGAAGGACUGGACAUCCUGGUCCCACUGGCGCAAAAGGUGACAAGGGCAGCGAGGGACCCCCUGGGAAACCUGGACCUCCUGGACCCCCUGGUGUCCCAACCAGUGAAGGAAAUGGCAUGAGCAGUUUAUACAAAAUCCAGGGAGGAGUGAAUGUUCCCAGUUACCCUGGUCCCCCAGGACCCCCUGGCCCCAAAGGUGAUCCAGGCCCAGUGGGAGAGCCUGGUGCUAUGGGCUUGCCAGGACUGGAAGGAUUUCCUGGUGUAAAGGGAGAUCGAGGCCCAGCAGGCCCUCCAGGAAUUGCCGGCAUAUCGGGGAAACCUGGUGCCCCAGGCCCUCCAGGAGUUCCAGGGGAGCCGGGUGAAAGAGGACCUAUUGGAGAUACAGGUUUUCCUGGACCAGAGGGACCCUCAGGGAAGCCAGGCAUAAAUGGAAAGGAUGGAUUACCAGGUGCUCAGGGCAUCAUGGGUAAACCUGGAGACAGAGGCCCCAAAGGAGAACGCGGUGAUCAGGGAAUUCCAGGAGACAGAGGUCCACAAGGUGAACGUGGAAAACCAGGCCUUAUGGGCAUGAAGGGGGCUAUAGGUCCUGUGGGACCACCAGGAAGCAAGGGCUCCAUAGGAUCACCUGGCCACCAAGGCCCUCCAGGCUCUCCAGGCAUCCCUGGCACUCCGGCUGAUGCUGUUUCAUUUGAAGAAAUCAAAAAGUACAUUAAUCAAGAGGUCCUAAGGAUUUUUGAAGAGAGGAUGGCUGUGUUUCUAUCCCAGCUUAAGCUGCCAGCAGCAAUGUUAUCUGCUCAAGCUCAUGGAAGGCCUGGCCCACCAGGGAAGGAUGGGUUACCAGGACCCCCAGGAGACCCAGGACCCCAAGGCUACCGAGGACAGAAGGGAGAAAGAGGCGAACCUGGAAUUGGGUUGCCAGGGAGUCCAGGUCUUCCUGGAUCUUCAGCAGUGGGUUUGCCAGGUGCCCCAGGGCCGCAAGGACCCCCAGGACCCAGUGGAAGAUGUAAUCCAGAAGAUUGCCUCUAUCCUGUGUCUCCUGCCCAUCAGCAGGCAGGUGCAAAAUGA